AUGAAUGCUGUACUUUUCAGGGUGCUGAAUCCCAUGUGUGCAAUACAGGCGGAAGAAAUAACUCAGGGAGACCUUCCUGACAAUCAGCACUUCCACACAGGGGAGGCACAUAAAUGCCUGGUAUGUGGAAAGAGCUUUGCUCAGAGUUCACAACUUACUGUCCAUCAACAAAUCCAUAAUGGGGAGAAACCAUAUAAAUGCUUGCAGUGCAGAAAGAGCUUUGCUCAGAGUUCAGAGCUUACUAAACAUCAACAUAUCCAUACUGGUGAGAAACCAUAUAAAUGCCUUGAUUGUGGAAAGAGCUUUCUUCGGAGUCAAGAGCUUAGUGCCCAUCGACGUCUCCACACCGGGGAGAAACCAUAUAAAUGUUUGGAGUGUGAAAAGAGCUUUGCUCGGAGUACAGAUCUUAGGUCCCAUCAACGUAUCCAUACUGGAGAGAAACCAUAUAAAUGCUUGGAGUGUGGGAAGAGCUUUGCCCGAAGUGACAGCCUAACUAUUCAUCGUCGAAUCCACUCAGGUGAGAAACCACAUAAUUGUCUGGAUUGUGGAAAGGGCUUUGCUCGGAGUGACAACCUAGCUGCUCAUCGCCGAAUCCAUACUGGGGAGAAACCAUAUAAAUGCUUGGAUUGUGGAAAGUGCUUUGCUCAGCGUUCACAGCGUCUUGUCCAUCGACGUAUCCACACUGGGGAGAAACCAUAUAAAUGCCUAGAAUGUGGAAUUAGCUUUGCUCGGAUUGGCAACCUAAGUGCUCAUCGACGAAUCCACACUGGGGAGAAACCAUAUAAAUGCUUGGAGUGUGGAAAGAGCUUUGCCCAUAAUACACACCUUACUGGUCAUCAGCGUAUCCACACUGGGGAUAAACCACAUAAAUGCUUAGAGUGUGGGAAAAGCUUUGCUUGGAGUAGAGAUCUUAGUGCCCAUCAACGUUUCCACACUGGGGAGAAACCAUACAAAUGCUUGCACUGUGGAAAGAGUUUUUCACAGAGUUCACAACUUGUUAUCCAUCAACGUAUCCACACUGGGGAGAAACCAUAUAAAUGCUUGGAGUGUGGAAAAAGCUUUGGUCGUCAUUCACAGUAUAUUCUCCAUCAACGUAUCCAUACUGGGGAAAAACCCUAUAAAUGCCCGGAAUGUGGAAUGAGUUUUGCUUGGAGUGGCAACCUAGGUGCUCAUCGACGAAUCCACACAGGGGAGAAACCAUAUAAAUGUUUGGAGUGUGGAAAGAGCUUUGCUCAUAAAACAUACCUUAUUGCUCAUCAGCAUAUCCACACUGGGGAUGAACCACAUAAAUGCUUGGAGUGUGGAAAGAGAUUUGCUUGGAGUAGAGAUCUUAGGGCCCAUCAACAUAUCCACACUGGGGAGAAACCAUACAAAUGCUUGCAAUGUGGAAAGAGUUUUGCUCAUAGUACAGAGCUUCUUGUCCAUCAUGGUAUCCACACUGGGGAGAGACCCUAUAAAUGCCUGGAAUGUGGAAAGGGCUUUGCUCGGAGUGGCAACCUAGCUGCUCAUCGACGAAUCCACACUGGGGAGAAACCCUAUAGAUGCCUGGAAUGUGGAAAGAGUUUUGCUCGGAGUUCGAACCUAACUGUUCAUCUACGAAUCCACGCUGGGUGA